UUGGCUACAUGAAUGCUAUUGGGCACAUGCUUGAUUACAGACGAAGCACAGAUGUACUCACACUAAUAAACGAAUACAUUGACAAUGUACGACGAAGAUUGAACCCCACCAACGAUUAUCUACUAGUGUGUCGAAAUGGUAAGCAGUUGACGCGUAUUUCGGACGUAUUCGGUAGAAUUGUUUAUCAAGCAAUUCGUAAGUAUAUAAAUCCUACACGAUAUAGGCAAAUCAUCGAAACCGAAAGUGUUGCACACUUAGAAACGAAAGAACAAGCAAUUCUUUCUCAAGAUCAAAAACACACGUCGCAGGUAGCUAAAGUUCAUUACCAGAAGACUGAAUCGCGCAAUAUAGCUGCAAAAGCCAGGUUAUGUAUGGAUAAAUUACGAGAUCAAACAACGUGUACUUUAACUGUAAGCGAAAUCAAUAGUAACACCAAAAAUGUGAAAACGUCUGGAAGUACUUUGGAACACGAAACACCUGUUCAAACGAGACAGAAAAGAGUUAGUUUUAGUGCCAUGGAGGACAAGUUUUUACAAGCUGGGCUACAAAAAUAUGGCAAUGCAAAAUGGACUUCCAUUCUCGCAGAUCCUAACUACUCCUUUCAUUGUAGCCGUAAAGCUAGUACAUUGGCGGUUAGAGCGAAGACAAAAAAAUUUAUAUAAGUUUAAAAUGUAUUUAUAAUAAAAAUAACUUUGUAAAUUUACAAAGAUUUUUGAAAACCAGAAUAUUCAAAUAGUCUUUUAACUUUGUUACAGUCAAAACCGGCGUACACAUAAAGGCUUUUUUUCCUCUUACGAUUUGGCCAAUAAUCUGGUGUAUUAAGUACCCUCGUGUGUGAAGGCGGUUCGCAAAAACUUGGUUCUCCCUUCAAAGCCGCUAUCGGUAUAGUUAGGAAAACUUCAUCAUCUGAUAGGCAAACAAUAUUUUUUUCCACGGAAAUUGCCAGCGUUGAACAGGAAUGUGAGAACGGUAAAACCUCCUUAGAUGCUGAGCAUUCGUUAU